AUGAAGUGGGACGAGGCCACUGCCCGCGGGCACGUGAAGCUGCGGUCGCACCAGGCGGACGUGGUGCUCCAAGCUGCCGGGCCAUUGACCGCCGCCCUGGCGGACGAGGAGACGCGAAGCCGCACGGUGGCCCAAGGCACGACGCUCGCGGAGCCCGGCAAAACGCUUACCACAGGCAUCCUGGCAGACCUCUCCUCCCACGGUGGCUUCCUCCAACUGCGCGGCGGCGCCGCGGAGUCGGAGUUUCGCGGAGCGGCGCAGAAGGCGCCGGCGCUGACGAAGCGAUCUGAGACGGAGCUGGAGACCAUUGCACGGUGGAUCCAGGACCAGGGGAAUCGGCCCUGGGUGGUGUACCUCACCGUGCUGGGCCCGGAUCUGCCGCAGGGCCGGUGGCUGCUCAUGAGCUCCUCCAUCUACCUGGCCUUCCCCGUGCACUUCUUUGCUCUCUUCUCCGCGGGCAUGUUGGCACCACAGCCCUAUGAGGCCACGGUGAGCAUGGUGGGCCUGUCUGCGAAGCCCUCGUGCCAGGCACAUCGCGCCGAUCCGAGCGGCUCCGCGAGCGAGCUCCGGUCGCUGGAAGCGUGCAGCGGAGAGCAGCAGGAGAACGAGGCCUUUCAGCUGCUGUGGCGCUGGGCGGUCGAUGAGAAGAUCCUGGACGAGCGCAGUGGGCACAUGAUCUGGGAGCCCAAGGUGGGCCCGGUUGAGCUGUUGGGCCAACGCCGGGACCUGCUGCGGCGCUCGGAGGUGCCGCUGAGCGCCACCUGGCCGCUGCUGCUGGCGGCGCUGCUCAAUGCGCUGGGCUCUCUGAUGUUGGCGGUUUAUGUCUUGGUGAUGCUCCAGCAGCAGGUCAUACCCUGGGCCCUGGGCAUCAUCGUGGAGCUUCAGUUGCAGGUGAUCAGCUCUCUGCGCCUCACCCACAGCUCCGCUCAAGGCAAGUGGCGGCUGAUGGCCGCGGCCAUCCACGCGCCCCACGGGGUGAUCUUGCGCUGGGUGGCACGGCCCAAGCAGAACGACUUCCACUCCAUCCAGGUGAGCGUGCGGGGCAAAGGCCCGCAGGGGGAGGAGCACAACUUCUCUUGCCAGUGCGAGCGCACCCACGUCCAAGUGCCUGAGGUCAGCAGCAUGGUGCGCUCGGGCGAUGAUCAGCGGAACGGGGAGUACGUGGUGCAACUCGUCCUCACCGCGGGCAAAGACCCAGAGCUGCCGCAUGAGGAGAUGAAGCCCUGGUUCGAGUACUCCUUCCAGCUGCAGGGCUUGGACAACUUGGGCGCCGCCAUGGAGGUCUCCUCCUGGUCCAGCCGCGUCUUGCUGCCGCCGCCCUGGACGGUCUUCGACUACCCCCAGCUGCUGUCACAGGUGUUCUUCCCCAUCGAGGUGCCCUCCUUUGAUCUCUUCCUCGACCAGUUUGGCAGUACGCAGGAGAUGGACUGCCGCCUGGGGCUCACGGAUAUCGAGGUGGCGCUGAACGGGGAAGAGCGGAAGACCUUGACCCUGCGCCUCUCCUGGCAGGACCGUGGGGGGGGCGCCAAGACCACCUUGCACCUGCGCCGCGAUGCCAAGUGCCCGGGAGUGACGGAGCACCGGGACUGGCUGAAAGGUUUCGUGGAGGACACCAAAAACAUCUUCGGGAACUCGGUGAAGAGCGUCGAGAACAUCCACUCCGAAGGCCAUGUCCUGGACGCUGGGAAGAUCUUCACGCGAAACGGCCAGCAACGCCUGGACCGCCAGGCGGGCACCGUCAUCCUGCAGAGGUCGGACCUCGAGCAGAAGACGGUGGAGCUCAGCAUCGAGCUGCCGAGCGGCGAGCGCGUUGGUGCGGGCUUUGUGGACUACGAGCAGCUGGUCACGCGCUGGUCCGAGCAGCGCCACACUUGGGCGCAGGGGGAACCGCUGGAGCUCUCGCUGAGCGGGGGCGCGGGCAAGCUGCGGUGCAACGUUGUGAUGGGGGACGCCCGGGGAGAUAUGCUGGAGAUGCCGAAGAGCGUCUUCAGCUCGUUGGUGCCCGGGGCGGUGUGGUUCCACGGGGAGCAGCGCAUCGUGCACUGGUACCUUCCGGGGCUCCUGAAGCACCUGCACACGCUGGGCUUCCUGGCCAACCAGGAGGUGCCCAACGAGGAGUCGCUUCUCUUCACAUUGGCCGCGGUGCCGCUGGCAGGGGGCGAGGCGGUGCCUUUGGCUGGGGAAUUCGAGGCAGCGGACCUGCGCAUGGCCGUGGAGGUCCCCAACUCCAAGCGUCUCCGCGGCGUCUUCGAGCUCCGGAUUGACACCUGCUGGCUGCAGCUCACGGAAAGCUUGGCACGAAAGGCGAGCUUCGCGGUGCAGAAGGUAGGCUUCACCCGGAAACCGCGCGGCAGCAGGUGGUGCAAGCUGCAGGAGCUCUACGACUCUGGGCUGGUGCACACGCAGCUCGGCGGCGCCUGGACGACGGAGAAGGUCAGCGGGAAGUCGCGCUAUGAAUGCCGCGAGGCUCAUCAGCGGCUGGCCAGUCAUCGGGUCUUUUUCGAGAGCCCGGUGCUGGUGCAGGAGUUCGAGUUGGCCUAUGCAUCCUGGUGCCGGCAACACACGCUGCAGAUGAGACAAGUGGAUGACUUGGCCUUCGAGGAGAACAAGGUCUUGCCCAUCCACAUCUCCGAGAUGCAGCUGAAGAUGGUGCAGGGUCUGCGCCCCGCGAUGCCCUUCGAGCAACACCUCCGCUGUGUAGUGACGGAUGAGGGGGUCAAGGUGAGCACUGCUGACGUGCAGCUUAUCAGCGAGGAGUCUACCAAGACACUCACCUGUCAAGCCCAAGAGGUGUCGGUGCUGCAGGGCUUCCGCUGGCGCCAGAAGCCUUGGCGUUUCGAGGCGGACCUCGCCAGUCGGGGGUCCUUCGCCUGGCUCCUGCGGUCCCAGGUAGCUAACCAGCGCCGCAUCCUGCGGGCCCUGAUCGCUGGUUUUGGAUUCCUGGAGAACAUCGGCACCUUCUGCGGGCAGGUCGUCAUCUUUACGGCUCCUUCCUGGCUGGCCUUUGUAGGUCUGGCGCUGUACCAGCACUUCGGGCUGAUGUAUCAGCCCUCCUUCAUGAUGCGGUCCCAGACCAGUAGUUGGAUGGCCUCCGAGUGGUUCAUCCAGCCCAGCCAUCUGAAGAGCAGCGUCUUGAAGGAGAGCCAUCCGCUGGAGGUGGUGCUGCCGGUUUUGGUGGUCCUGGACCUGGUGUCUACGCUCUGCAGCAUGGGAUACAUGUACUUCGCAAGAUACCACUUCCAAUGCUGCUUUAAGUUUGUGGCAGCCUGCUCAUGGGCCCGAGCCAGCUUCAUUUGCUUCCUCUUCCUCUACGUGGCCUUGACGUUGCUGCUCUGGAUUCUGCUGGGCUGCAUCUUGAACCCCGAGAAGCUGAUGCCGGUGGCGGUGAUGAUCUUCUCGGGCUUCGGCCUGGCCAUCUCCUUGUGGAACCAACUGACCAAUCUGAAGGACGAGAUGCUCAAGCUGAUCUUCCGGUUCAUCGAUCCGCUGUUCGGCAAGACCUUGGACCGCUUGUUGAAAGAGCUGGACAGAGAGGAUGCGCAGGACAGGGGCAGCAGCACCAACCUGAACAAGGCACGGAAGCAGUACAAGAUGUACAUUGUGGAUGAGAUCACGGAUGAUAUGGAGAAAGCCCUGAGCAAGCUGCAGGCCAAGCAGGAGAAGCAGCAAAUUCUGGAUACCGCGGCGGAGGAUGCCGGGGAGGCGGAGGAGGAGGAGAGCGACCUCCAGUCCUCCAGCGCCCCCUCGGAGUACCUGGAGCUGCUGGCGGAGGGCGGCCUGGGGAUCCAGGAGCGAACCAGCAAGGAGGUGAAGAACAACAUGGACAAGCUGGAGGAUAUCUACGGGCGCUUGUGCGAGCGCGCGCCCAUCGUGGAGACGGUGCGGGGUACCUUGGAAGAGCCGAAGCAGUUGGCGUUAAAGAUCUUCGAAGAGCGGAAGGAGCAGAUGGAGCUCAUCGAGACUCGUUUCCUGUCCAGCAGUGCUGGGGGGUCGCAGAUGACGGAGCUCUACGAAGAGAAGUUGGAGCAUUUGCAGAAGGGCUUCAUUUCUGUGCUGCAAGAGAGCUUCGAUGAGAAUCAGCUCUUGAACAAGGUGUCCUUCUUCAUCAACUCCAUGCUGCCCCAGCUGAUCUCCCUGCGCGCCCAGCGCCUCACUGCGGGCGCCGGGCAGGUCCGCAGGGCCAUUCACAACAAGUGGCCCCAGGAGAAGAAGGGGGGGCUGAAGCUGGACCUGAAGCUGAAGCUCACGGAGACCAUGUCCGCCUCCACCCUGUCGGCCGGAGAAUCUUCUCCCUCCUCCCAUGGGUCUAGUGCCUUCUCGAACGAGGAGGUGGUGGGUAUGACGCUCUAUGAGUUUUUCUGUUCAGACAGCAUCAACAUCUUCCCCCAGCUGUCGCUGGCUGGCCGGGACUGCCCCGACUUCGAGGACGUCCGCUCACAGCCCGGCGCUCCAGCUAUGCAGCGCAUCUCCUUCAAGGAGGAGAACGGGAAGAAGGAGGAGGUGGUGCAGGAGUUCGACAUGACGCUGGACGACUUGGUGAAUAUCGAGGGAAUCCCAAAGUACUCCAAGACGCCCGGAGAGAUGGUGACCUGGUCCGUGGAGUUGAAAAACGCCCACAACGAGCUGCACUACGCCUUCGACGUCCAGGUGCAGGGCAAUGCCGCGAGCUUCCGGCAUCGCAGCGGGCGCACCACCACAGCCUACAAGCCCAGCGCGGUGUACUUUGUGAAUCCGCGGGAGAAGGUGCAGCUCUUCCUGCGGCGCACGCGCAGCGGGGUGGCGCUGUGGGUCUCGGGGCACCGGGCGCGGGACCUGGACUUCCGGCCCAACGCGGAGGAGGCGAAGUGGAUGGCCCAGCAGAAAGUCACCCGGAUCCAGAUGAAGGGCUUGAACAACACCGACCUGCAAGCGCGUUCCUCGACGAAGGAGGCGCUGCUCUUCCAGGGCGAAGCAUUGGACACCUUCGAGCUGCAAGAGACCAUUUGCGAGCAGUUCAACAAGUUCGUGCUGACCAAGGCCUUCGGGCGCAAGAGCACGGCCUCCAGCAGAGCAGUCGAGCUGCGACGGAUGCAGGUGGUCCGCGUUACCCGCGAGCUCUUGGACGGCGCCUUGUGGUGGGACGAGUACGACCGCCUGGUGCGUCACAUCCUCGACAUCAAGGUGAAGCCGGAAUACUUGAAGGCGUACUACACCUUGGAGACCAAAGAUACCCUGGUGAUGCCGUUGAACCGGGUGGCGCCCUCGAUCAUGUGGCUGGUGGGUCGAAUGCUUUGGCCCACCGCCUUCGUUUUGAUGUGCCGCCACUUCGACCUUUGGCCGGAAGUCUUCGACCUCUCCGCCUCGCUGCCCGCCAAGGACGCCGCCGACAUCGCCGACAAGGUGAGGGAUGAGCAGUAUGACCUCCUGGAGGAAGAGGUGGAGCAGACUGAGCGCGAGCCCCUACAGCUCCGCGCGGGCUUUGCGAACGCUGUGAAGGCACUGGAGAAAGAGUACUACGACCAGGUGAACCGCGAGAUCGGGUUCCAGGUCCGCGAGCAGGGCGCGGACCGGCGGAAGCUGCGCACGCUGAAGGAGAAGAAGGUUCGGCUUCUGACGCAGCACACCAACGUCAGCAACGAGGUCACCACGAUCAAGGAGUUCGAGAAGCAGAUCGACGACGGCGUAGUGGACGCGGACAUCCGGGACAAGAAGCCGGAAUACCAGGCGUAUGUGAAGCUGAAGGUCGAGGAGCUGGACUCGGUGAAGAAGCAAAGUGCGGACAUCGACGAUGAGCUCCGGAGGCUCACGAAGUCCUUGAAGGCCACCGGCACCUUCAUCGAGGAGAAGAAGGGGCAACUGCGGCUGAGGACUCAGAUGGAGCAGAAGGAGUUAGAACUUCAGAAGCUGCUAAAGAGCCUCAAGAAGUCGGCGAAAGCAUCGUCCACUGCGACAUCCAAGAGCUACGUCUUCUCGAGGACCUCCAGGCCGGACAUGAUGCCGCCCAACGCGGAGGUUCUACGUCUGCGGGCCGAUAUCAAAGGACUGCAGAAGACGCUGAGCCAGUCGAUGCGGAAGGCCUUCACAUGGUACAUGGAGAUCGUGGCCAAUAUCAAAAUCGACCAGGAGGUUUUAGAGAAAGAGCAGGCGAGCGCCAUGGCCGACGAGGAGGUCAUGGACAACCUGUUGGCACAGAUCCAGGAGCGCCAGAAUCAGCUCGAGGACAUGGAUCUGAACAACUUGUCCAUUCUCUAUCCCAUGUACCAGCUGGAGGUGGCCAUGCGCGGCAAAGAGGAGGCGGCCAUGAGGGAGGCCCACGUAAUGAGCGACUUGGACGAAGGCUUUGAGGAGGUCAUCAAGCCCCUUUGGACCAAGGAUCUGGUGGUCACUGGGCUGGAAGUGUGGGACGCCGACAGCCGGCAGCUGCGGACGGACCCCGCCUUGCAGAAGAAGAUGGCGGACUGGAUCUUGGAAGCGAAGCUACAGCAGGUCAUGAGUCAGCGCCGGGACGAGCUGCUUCAGGAGAUCCAGCAGCGCCAGAUCAGCCGACCCCCCGACCCCCUGGACAUCGAGGAGGCGGAUGACGCAGAGUGGCGCACCUCCGCAGCCUUCAAGUACCUCUGGGAGGACCUCGCGGAGUCCUCCAGCGACCCGGAGGCCUUCUCUGAGGAGAUGCUAAGCCCCAAGAUGGCGGUACCGUUCCUGAUGCAGAUCUUCUUCGAGCCCAUGGUGCUGGUGCCCGGGGUCAUCGACACCGACGUGGAGGCCUCCGUGGAUCUGGAGCAGCUGCCGCAGCGCCUCCAGGAGAAGGUGGCGCAGAAGCGGCUCUUCCGCGUCACCGACCGGGAGGUGGACCGUUGGCGCUAUAUCUCCGAGGAGGAGGACCUGGCUUGGAAGACCAUGUCUGGGGAUCUCAUCGCGAACGCUGUGUCCAAGACCACCGAGAUCUUCAUGGGCAGCGUCUGCCUCCAGCAAGUGGGGGAGCGGCAGUACAUGAACGGGCUCACGGGCAACGUGUGGUCGCGCUUUGACAAGGGCAUGUACCACCGCGGCAAGGGCAUGUGGUUCGACGCCUUCGUCGAGGUGUGCAAUCGCAUCGGCAUGCCCAUUGGCAGGACCAGUUCUUGGAUCCUUUGGAAUUUGGUGACCAGCGAAGAGCUCAUGCGCACUGAGAACGUGGACAUCAUCCUUUGCAAGGAGGUGAGGCUGGUGGCCGAGCUGCGUGCCGUGAUCUUGAGAAAGCAGGAGCUGGGAAGCUUCCAGCUGUACUUGAACUCCGAUCGCAUGACGGCACUGCGGGCCAAGGGCCGAGCGCACCCUCGCCCGGAGCUCUUGGAAGACUAUCAGGAGGAAGCUGCAGGAGGCGGCGACGACGGGGCGUCGGAGACGCAGAGCAACGCGGCCAGUGAGGCCGAGAGCGGCGCGGAGAGCGAUCCCGAGAAAGCGGCGGUCAGCGAGGGCAAGGCGAAGAGCCGCAAAAACCGCAAGGGCAAGAAGCGCAAGGCCCGGCAGGAGAAACACGUGAAGAUCUCUGCGGUGAAGAUCACGAAGCUGCAGAGUCCCAACCUCAUCUUCUUGGACCACGCCCAGGACACGGUGACGGUGCAGCUCAUGGUGGGGGACCGCGUGGAAGGGGUGGGCUGUUUCGAGUGGAAGCAGACCCGGGAGGAGGCGGUGCUGGCCUCGGAGCAGACGGUGCAGCUACUGACGCCGAUUACGCGGGAGCCGGUGGGCUCGGUAGUGAUGAAGCUGCGGCUGGACGACUGCUACAAGGAGGUCUUCGCGGCUUUGGACUCGGACGAGACGCAGCAGACGGCAGCACAGCAGCUGGAGCAGAAGGAGCGGGUGGCGGAGAUCGAGCGACGAAAGGCGAGCGCCUUCCUGCCCCAGGACUCGCUCCACCCACUGCACAGCCGCACCGCGGAGAACGACCCGGACACGCUGAAACGCCGGGCGGUGAGCGACUGGGAGUGGGGCUUUGCCAAUCCGGUGACCGUGAGGGAGAACCUGCUGAAGGUGCUGAACCACACGCCCUUCGUGUCCAAGUCCAUGUUCUAUGACUUCCUGACCUCCGCACAGAUCAAUCUGCCGGACGAGGUCAUCGACAGCCUGUGGGACGACAAGCUGGAGAAGACCUGUCCUUUGAUGCUGCGCUGGGGCGAGCGGAUCAUUUCGGUGCGGGGCCUGGUGCUGCUGUCGGACUGCUGGAAGCAUCUCCAGCGCCACAUCGUGGUGGCGGGCAAGCGCCAGGAGGUGGACGAGGACCUGAAGAAGCAGAAGCCCAACCUCGCGGCCAUGGCGGCCAGCGGCAUCCCUUUGGGCGGGGUGUGGUUCACGCCCUUCUACAACACCCUCAUGUCCACCUGCCAGGUGGUAGUGUCCAUGGACGCGCUCAAGGGCAUCUACGAGGCCCACUUGGACCCGGAGACGGGGCUUAUGCCUUUGGACUUUGUCUACGACGCCAUUGAAAAGAUCGGCCGGCCUGGCCUGCCGUUCGCCACCUUCCGGAACUUCAUCUUCGCCCUGGGCAUCAAGAUUGAGAAUCAGCAGAUCGCCCUCACCUUCCAACAAGUGGACGUGAAUCAGAACAACUGCCUGGGCCGUGCGGAACUCCGUGCGGGCACCCUGAUGUUGCUGCAGCAGACAGUGCCCCAAAUGCUGCUGGAGAAGCAGAAGCUCACCGUGCAGCACAUCGUGCCGCACAUCGUGGCGGCGCUGUCGAUCUUGGGGUCCCUCUUCGCCUUCCUGUUGCUCUCCUUCGAGUCCUUCAAGAAGACCGACACGCACAGCGCCUUCCAGACGCUGGUGCAGUCGGGCCUGGCGCUGGGGGUCACGGCGGGGGUGGGCUCCGAGAGUGGCGGGGCGGACCUCUCCAAGCUCAAGGACUUCGUACUCAGCAAGCUGGAGCAGAUCUUUGGGGUGGUGAUCGGGAGCGACGUGGAGUGUCAGGCCGUUCACCGGGCGCGCCUGGAGGUGGAUGAGGCAGAUGCCUUGGAUAUGGAGAACAAGAAGGCGGCGCGGCACUGGCUGGCGCCCCGCGCGGAGCUGAAACUUCAGCCCGCGCGGCGCCUGCGCCCGCGCCCGGUGAAGCUGGCAGAGCCCUGGUGGCCGGGCGGCGGGCUGCAGGCGGUGGAGCCCGUCGAGCGCGAGCGCUCGGACCUGCCGGCGGUCGGCUGGCUCUGCAUGCUGCCCCGGGAGGAGCCAUCGCCGCUGAUCCCGCGGUCCUCCAAGCGAGGCAUGGAAUCGAAGGCGCGAGCUCCGCGGCGCACGCAGCUGGUGCCAGCGCUGCGGCCGUACAAAUGCGGCCCGCCGCCCGUCUACCCAAACCCAGGCCCCAGGCUGGACUCCGAGGAACUCGCGAAACCGAUACCCAAGCCGGCGGUGCCCAGGCGCAACUUGGCUGCAAGCAGGCAUCGUCUCGCCCGCGGCAGUGCGGCGGCCGCGGCAGGUGAAAGACGAUCCGGAAGAGGCCGACGCGGAGCCUGA